GUCGGACCUCAGACACGGACGGACCAAACAACCGCGGUGCGCUUUGAACAACCCUCUGCCGGAAGCCCAACCAGAAGAAGUCCGCGUCGCAGCGACCUCCCGAGUCACACGAACCGUAACGAGUCAACACGAACCGUCACGAGUCAACAUGAAGCUUCGCGGAAGAAUCCUCGACGUCGCGUGUCUCAACCGUUUCACCCGAGUCGUCACCACCAUCUCUAAGCUGACCAAAGUGUGCGUCCUGCGGCUGACUCCGGACAACCUGUUCUUCGUCCUGUCCGGCAAAGUGGCCAACGGGGGCAUCGGCAUGUGGUGUGAGCUGUCUCAGGCCAAUGUCUUCGAUGAGUACCAGAUGGAGGGCGUGUCCUCUGAGGACAACGAGAUCUGUCUGGAGGUGACGCCAGAGAACCUGUCCCGAGCCCUGAAGACGGUCCAGAGCGCCAAGGCCGUCAAAGUGAAGCUGACCAAGAAGCACUGCCCCUGCCUCACCAUCGCCGCCGAGCUGCCCACCAUGUCCAGCACCAGUCGGGUCGUCACCCACGACGUCCCGGUGGACAUCGUCCCCCGGAGGCUCUGGCAUGAGUUCAAAGAACCCAGCAUGCCGGACUUCCACGUCAGCGUCUACCUGCCUCCUCUGAAGACGAUGAAGAACGUCGUGGACAGAAUGAAGAACCUCUCCAACUUCCUGGUGAUGGAGGCCAACCUGAUUGGAGAGAUGAACCUGAAGAUCGAGACAGAUCUGGUUUCCGUCACCACUCACUUCAAGGACCUGGGGAACCCUCCGUGGGGUGAUGACGCCUCCCAGGACGGUGGUCCGUCUCACAGCAGGGAGCCAGAGGCCAUGGUUCAGGCCCGGGUGGACAUCAGGAAGCUGCAGCAGUUCCUCAUGGGACAACAGGUCAACCCCAGCAAGGCCAUGUGCAACAUCGUCCAUGAGAGGGUCGUCCACCUGAUUCUGCUGCAUGAAGAUGUGUCCCUGCAGUAUUUCAUCCCCGCCGUGGCGUAGGUGCCUUCUGGACGCACGCCACACACCUUCUGCUGGCUGCACGCCAUGCACCUUCUGACCGCACGCCCACACGCCUUUUGGGUGCACGCCACAUGCCUUCUGUCUGCACGCUGGGACUUUGGGGAAAAAGAGGAAUGUGAACCGGUUUUGGGUGUUUCCUCUCGUGGCAAAGGAUUCAUCUUCUAGUGGACCCUGUGAGACCAAACUCACCAUGUAGUCUGUCCUUCAUUUGGAUGAGACUGAAGCUGGUCCCGGUCCUCAUAGUUGACCUCAGGAAGACUGUACCACACUGACCUGUGGGAGGAGUGAGAACAUGCUGGUAAAUAUACAUUUAACUAAGAGGAUUUGGACGGUUAACAUAAAUUGGAAAUCUGACACAUUCAUUAUUUGCAAAUGAGUUCUGAUUAUUAUGUUCUUGGUAUUAAACGUGUUUAAAAAUUAAUAAUAUUUUAAUUUAAGUUGCCUUCUUGAAACCCAUACCUCUGUUUGGCAUUCAGUUUGCUUUUGUUUUUGGUGUUUCUUCCAAUAAAUAAAAUUUCUAUGAAUUGGAUUUCAUUUUCAUUAAUUUAAUUAAAUUUUUAUUCAUUUAAUUUAAUGUUCUCUUUUUUAUAUAUAAAGUGGAAUAUAACAUUCAGCUUUCUAAAAUCCCGAUACACAAGUAUGGACUAGGCUAACGUCCCGUUAGCUAACAUCUUUUCGGUUAACUUUACUGUGGCUACAACGGCUCUUUUAGGUACAGCUGAAUUUUAGACCCAUAAAGAGAGUAAAUAUAUGUGUCUGUCAGCUAAUGUAACUCAAACUAAACUUGGAAAGAUAUCUCGGUUAGUUAGCUGCUAGCUGCAAUACACUAGAUAACCUUUUAGGGCUGAACAAAAUAUGAAAUAAUGUAAAUAAAUGAUUUCACGAUGA